AAGAUUAGACGAAGCAAUCCUGGAAUCAGCCAAAGAAAAAGACUAUGAUAAGGAAAUCGAAAGUUCAGGAGAAUUUAGCGAAGCAGUGUUCAGUUGCUUAGCAAAGAUCGAGACGUGUUUGCACACUCGUCAGUCAAGCUCAGAUCAAAGUCCACAGGACACCAAAUCAGCACCGAAACUUCCAAAACUCACCCUGAAAACAUUUGAUGGUGAUCCUGCAAAUUGGCAAUCGUUUUGGGACUGCUACAACACUUCAGUCUACGAAAGCAAGUUAUCAGAUAUCGAUAAAUUCAAUUAUUUGAAAGGAUGUUUGAGCGGUCAAGCARCCAAAUCAAUCGAAGGAAUCCCUCUCACAGAGAAGAAUCUCAAAACAGCGGUGGAUAUUCUAAAGGAUCGAUUCGCUCAACCUCAGGUUCUCCUUUCCAGUUAUAUGAAUAACCUUCUUCAUAUCAACAAAGUCGAAAACGUCGAAAAUACAUCGAAGCUCAGGACAUUAUACGACCAACUUGAGAUAAACAUCAGAAAUUUGACAGCAAUGGGAGUCGAAAGUGACACGUACGGAACUUUGCUAAUACCGAUCAUCAUGGAUAAAAUUCCCAACGAGAUUUCACUAGAAAUCAAUCGAAAACUGGACAAAAAAGACUCAUUAAAUGCAAAUAAGGUAUUAGCAAUGAUCAAAGCGGAAGUAGAAGCCAGAGAAAGGUGUUCAACUUCAAGAGCACAGUCAGAAUUAAAAAACGAGUCAAGUGAAAGUGACAAACAUCAAGGAUACCGACGAAGACCACAAUUUAAUGCUACAAGUAGUACCUUGCAAACAAGUGAUAGGAACAUUGUUUAUUGCACCUUUUGUUCCAAAAAUCAUCCAAGUAUAAGAUGUGAUAUUGUAACAGAUCCAGCAUCAAGGAAAGAUGUUCUGAAAAGAAAAGGACGGUGUUUCAUUUGUUUAAGGUCAGGACACUUAUCAUCCAAAUGCAAGUCUCAGCAUAAUUGCCAUAAAUGUCAAGGUCGUCAUCACACAUCAAUAUGUAAUUCUCAGARUGGGACAUCUAGUAAUAAAGUCAUGUCUAACACAAGGACUGAAAACCCACUUCCAAACACAGCAUUUUCAUCACAACUGCAACCUCCGAAUAUGUUCUACAAAGAAUCAAGUUCGUCAAGCCAACCUGCUAAAACAACUGGCCUAUUUGUAGGUAAUGAUAACGCAGUCCUUCUACAAACUGCUAGAGCAUGUGUGCGUAACCCAUCUUCAAGAUGUACGGCCAAUGUCAGAAUGAUAUUCGAUUCAGGAUCGCAACGAUCAUAUAUUUCAAAUCCUCUAAGGAGUAUACUAGCCCUGCCAACAGUAAGUGCAUCAACAAUAUUGAUCAAGACAUUUGGAGAAGAAACAAGUGAACCAAAGAAGUGUGAUCAAGUACAGUUUGCUGUUAAGACUUUAGAUGGAACCGAGGUAUACGUUAGUGCUUAUACUACACCCCUGAUUUGUAGUCCUCUUGCAAAUCAAGCAAUAGACGUUGCGGUGAAUACUUAUGAACACAUAAAGGAU